GUAGGUGAAGGCGCAGUGCGACGGAGCUGCAGCACCCAGAGGCAGCAGACUUUUUUCCUGCUGGGUCUGUUCCUCUCACACUGACCAUCUGAAAACAUCUGGAUCUCCUCCUCUACAGCUGUGGGCCUGUCUGCAUCUCUCUGCUCCGGGUUAUCUCACUUUAUCUCCAGUUUUUAUGAGUUGGGAAUGAGAUUCUCCUGAACUGCGGCUGCUGUAAUGAGAUCCUCUGUCCUAGGGUCAGUGUGUGUCCUGCUCCUGCUGCUGCGGGAGCCUGCAUGCCUGGGAGAUGAGGUUACAUCCAGCACAGCUGCCAGAGGUCUUCCGCAGGAAACACAUGCAGGAAUCGUGAACCCGUGCUGCUAUUUCCCCUGUCAGCACUGGGGUGUGUGUGUCAGGUAUACUGAGGACAAGUAUGAGUGUGACUGCACCCGCACCGGCUUCCAAGGAGAAAACUGCACCAUCCCCGAGUUUUGGACCAGAGUGCGUCUGUUCUUCAAGCCCAGCCCAGAUGUGGUACAUUAUAUUCUCACCCAUUUCCACUGGCUCUGGGACAUCAUCAAUCACACGUUCCUGAGGGAGGUUCUCAUGCGGCUGGUGCUCACAGUCAGGUCCAACUUAAUACCAAGCCCUCCAACCUUCAACUCAAAGUACAGCUACCUCAGCUGGGAAUCCUACUAUAACGUGAGCUACUACACUCGGCUGCUGCCCCCGGUACCAGCUGAUUGUCCCACACCUAUGGGGGUCAAAGGCAAGGCUUCGCUGCCUGACCCUGAGCUGCUGGUUGAGAAGCUGCUGAAGAGAAGGACGUUCAGACCCGACCCCCAGGGCUCCAACCUCAUGUUCGCUUUCUUCGCACAGCACUUCACCCACCAGUUCUUCAAGACCUACAAUCGCAUGGGCCUGGGCUUCACUAAGGCUCUUGCACAUGGGGUGGAUGCAGGGCACAUUUAUGGAGACAAUCUAAAACGUCAGCUCCAGCUCAGGCUUCAUAAGGAUGGAAAGCUCAAGUAUCAGUUAAUUGAUGGCGAGGUCUACCCUCCUUCUGUAGCUGAUGCACCAGUGAAGAUGAGUUACCCCCCUGGGGUCCCCCCUGAGCAUCAGAUCGCUAUUGGUCAGGAAGUGUAUGGACUCCUCCCUGGUUUGGGAAUGUACGCCACACUGUGGCUGAGAGAGCAUAACCGAGUCUGUGACAUCCUGAAGGCAGAACAUCCCAUCUGGGACGACGAGCAGCUUUUCCAGACCUCACGUUUGAUCAUCAUUGGUGAGACCAUCAAAAUCGUGAUAGAGGAGUACGUGCAGCACCUCAGUGGAUACCUGCUGCAGCUGAAAUUUGAUCCCACCCUGCUGUUUAGCGCCCAGUUUCAGUACAGCAACCGCAUCGCUCUGGAGUUCAGCCAGCUCUACCACUGGCACCCCUUGAUGCCCGACAGCUUCUUUAUUAAUGGAGACGAGCUAUCGUACCCACAGUUCCUCUUCAACACGUCUGUCCUCACACACUAUGGCAUCGAGAAGCUGGUGGAUGCUUUCUCGCGGCAGGUUGCUGGACAGAUAGGCGGGGGUCAUAACAUCAAUGCUGUGGUGACCAGAGUGGCAGUGGGAGCCAUAAAGGAGUCCCGCCAACUCCGCAUUCAGCCCUUCAACGAGUACAGGAAGCGCUUCAACCUGAAGCCCUACACGUCGUUCAAACAAUUCACUGAUAAUGAAGAGAUUGCGAGUAUGCUUGAAGAAUACUACGGUGACAUCGAUGCUCUUGAAUUUUAUCCUGGCUUGAUGUUGGAGAGAACACGACCGAAGAACAUAUUUGGAGAGAGCAUGGUGGAGAUGGGUGCCCCCUUCUCCCUCAAAGGGCUUCUGGGAAAUCCCUUGUGUUCUCCAAAUUACUGGAAGCCCAGCACCUUCGGAGGCAAAGUCGGCUUUGACAUAGUGAACUCUGCCACACUAAAAAAGCUGGUCUGCCUGAAUACCAGGACGUGUCCUUAUGUGGCCUUUAGAGUUCCCACAGAGGAGAAAAGUGACAGUAAAUAUGAUGACAGUGACGUUGGCUCUUCCUUCUCAGGACCAAAGGGUGUGAUCAAUGACUGGAGGAAAUACAAGCAGCUGGAGGUGGAACAGAAACAAGAGCAGAAGAAAGAGAUGGAGAGACUGAUCAAGAAACUUCAUAUCAAUCUUGUAAUCUGUUAUACUCUACAGAUGACAAUGCAGGAGUACAAUAUGCUCCAGGAAGACGAGGAUGAUGAAGAUUUCCUCCAACAUUACCGUAUGCAGCGCAUUGAAGAGAUGCGGCGCCAGCUCUGCCGCGGUAAACGCUUCGAGCAGGUCUAUGAGCUCACCAGUGGCGAGGACUUCCUGGAGGCUUUAGACAAAGAGGAUAAAAGCACGCUGGUCAUGAUCCACAUCUACGAGCCGGACAUCCCGGGCUGUGAGGCCAUGAGUGGCAGCCUGCUGUGUCUGGCUCAGGAAUACCCACUGGUGAAGUUCUGCAGCGUCCGCAGCUCGGCCAUCAGCACCAGCGCACUGUUCAGAGACAGCGCUCUGCCCGCUCUGCUUGUAUACAAAGAAGGAGACCUGAUCGGCAACUUUGUUCGGCUCACAGACCAGCUCGGGGAAGAUUUCUUUGCUGUGGACCUGGAGGCCCUGCUGCAGGAAUACGGCCUGCUGCCUGACAAGCCCCCGAUGGUCCCCAAGACGGUUCGCAAUGGAGCCAUCAUACAGAACAUUGCGAGUGAUGAGGACUCUGACCUUGAUAUUGACUAGAGCAAUGAUAUCUUAAAUACAUUGUGUGCUUGGGAAUGAAUAGAGUACGUACAGUCUGCAUGGACAAUACAUCAUUCUUACAUAUUUAUGUGGACCCCAUGUGAUAAUGGACUGAGCCAGGAUUGUUUACAUUUAAUUUUCACUAAGCAACAUACUAGAAACACUGAAGCAGAGUGAAGAGUAAAUGCACAGAAAUCAUGGUCCAGUGGGCAUUAAUCAUUCCAUGGUAAAUAUGAGUUAUAUUUAAUGAGAGUAAAAAUAGCCAUUUGUUAAGCACAGUGUGAAUGCUGUAUAUGUAGUUUUAAUGUUUUGUUUGAGCUUUGACUGUCAACUAUUUAUUUGUUGUGUUAAGGAACCCGUGUGUAGGAUUUAGUGGCAUCGAGUGGUAGGGUUCCAGAUUGCAACCACCUGAAUACACCUCUAAUCAGCCCUUCAAAACGCUAAAGGCCCUCACUAGAGCCAGUGUUUGGCUUGUCCUCUCUUGGCUACUGUAGAAUGUGGUGGUACAACAUGGGAAGAGGUGGAAGAGGAGCCUUUCUUUAUGAUUAUCUUAGUGAUCAUGCACAAAUAAAAACGUAGAUAUGAAUAAUUUUUUCUUAGAUCCCCCUAAAUUCUUUCACACUGGUCCUUUAAAACACAUUUUCCUGUUUUUGAUCCAUGUGCAUCCUCUUUGUAUCAUCUGUGUCACUCUGUCGAAUACGAAACAUUCAACAACCCUCUGACUUUAAGUUCAUUUUAUAACUUUUAUAUGUGCUGUACCAUUUCAAAUAGUAAGAAUAAUAAAGUUUAAAGUCUUUGGACUCAC